AUGUAUGAAAAAGUGUGUUUGCACAUACGCGUGUGUGCAUUUUUCUUUUGGCAUGUCAUGUGUUGCUGUUGCUCUAUUUUUUGCAAGUGUUGCCACUACUAUUACUUUGUACGCAAUGCAUCUGCCUCAACUUUUAGCAGUAGUUGA